UUGUCGCGAAGAAGCAGCGCACACCGGAAUAAUAAUAAAAUAAAUUUAACAUUGCUCAGUUUUUAUUAAUUAAAGACCGUGCAGCAUGAGUCAAAAAGUAAUUCAAUACAUUGGGCGCACCACAGACUUUCGCGGCAACACUCUGUGGGAAAUCGUCGGCAAUCUGCCCGACUGGGGCGUCGGUCGCAUGGUCAUACGUAACAUGUUUCAACGGUACCCGGAGCCCUGCUACAUGCGCAUACUAAAGGUGCAAGCAGUGGACGAGCAGGCCGACAGUGAACGCAAGGUGCGCGUCACUGUGCAGAAGACAUGGCGUGGAGUGACCCAACCCAAACCCGUGGAGAUCUACAGCACCAGCUAUAAGGCCGAUUACGAGCUGGUGCCCGUUGACCAGGAGCACAAAUAUCUAGAGAAUAAGAAAAAGGUGGAUUCCGUAGUGUUGCCCACAAAGAUUGAACUGCCGCCACUGCUGCGGGAAUAUAUUAAGGAUGAAACUGGCGACCCAAAUCCGCUGAUCAAUGUGCAUUUCAAGAAGACGCACAAUAAGCUGUCACGUCUGGCCAAGGACGGCGAGCAGCCGACGCUGCAGCUAUCCAUGGAUAUUGGCAAGCCAUCAAAGGUUGGCACCAAGCUCUAUGAUGGCCUGCUAUAACGGAUGUGCUGCCUUAACUUUGAACACCUCGACACUUGU